AUCUUCCCGAAUACGAUCUCAAUAAUGCCACCUAAAACCAGUGGAAAAGCUAUGAAAAAGGCUGGAAAAGCGCAAAAGAAUAUUAGUAAGACUGAUAAAAAAAAGAAACGGAAGAGGAAAGAAAGUUAUGCCAUUUAUAUCUACAAAGUAUUGAAGCAAGUACAUCCGGAUACUGGAAUAUCCAGUAAGGCUAUGAGCAUCAUGAACAGCUUCGUUAACGAUGUUUUCGAAAGAAUAGCUGCUGAGGCAUCUAGACUGGCACAUUACAACAAGCGAUCGACGAUUACAUCACGGGAGAUCCAAACCGCUGUCAGAUUAUUGUUACCCGGCGAAUUAGCUAAGCACGCUGUAAGUGAAGGUACAAAGGCGGUUACCAAAUACACUAGUUCCAAGUAAUUA